AUGUCGAAUAAUCCUGCGAAGACACACAAUGCCAUAUCCUUACGUGCCAAGGCCCGUGCCCCAUUGGAGCGCAAAAUCGUUCAUAAGAGCGUCCUUGGCAACCCCUUCCACACACAAUGGUCGCCGUCCGUUCCCGUCGAAAUGCAAAGCUCCAUACUAGCGCAUCUCGUCGCGCUGGUUGACGGAGUUGGCGAGUAUCGUAAAACUCAGUCCGAUCAUGCCCAUCGAAAGAGAAAGGCUGCGCGAGUUGAUGAGGCAGGGGCAAGGCGGAAACGGAAGAAAGGAGAAUCACCAUCUGACGCGGUGCACGAAGCACUUGGAGGCGAGGUAACUCGGCAAGACAGACCAUCCCGCGUAACAGAUGAGGAUCUAGAGUCUCAGAAUCUUGGUGAUCUAUCAUCAGCCCCUUUGCCCUCAGUUUUGCGACACAUCACCGUUGGUAUUAACGACGUCACCAAACGUCUCGAAAUGUUUGCUCGGUCGUUGCACCAGGUGCACGAUACUGCGCUGCGGCCGCCGAUUCGAGCUGUAUUCGUUUGUUGUGCAGACAUCGACCCCCCAGCUCUUGUGGCUCAUCUUCCGCAGCUUAUAGCAACAUGUAACUCCAUCUCUACUUCUUCUGAUCCAAAGGCGGCUUCAUCUUCUUCGAUAAAGCUGGUUCCACUAUCUAAGGGGGCGGAGUUGGCGCUUGCAAAGGCCAUUGGCCUCAGACGUGCCGCAGUACUUGCGAUUGAUGAUUCUCUCCCUCAUCAGUUGCAAUUUGAUGGACUUCUUGAGUCGAUUCCCAUUCUCAAGGCAUCUUGGUUAUCCACUCCGACUGCUCUCGCAGGGCUAGAACGUACACACAUCAAGCAACUCCGUACUACUGCACCUAAAGACAUGAAACACUCCAAAGAGCAACGAGCAGAAGAACGCGCUUUGGCAAAAAGUAAAAAAGGGAAAACAUGA